CUCGCUCAAAAUCGGCAAAUUUUUCAAAUGUUCAUAGUCAGUCAAAAAGAGAUAAAGAAUCUAGAAAUUCAACACCAGAAUGCUUUGAGCUGGAGGAAGAGUUGACAAAAACUGCAUCGGAUUUUCCUAGACAGCAUGUUAAAGGGAUGUAUGUAAACUUACCGUCUGAACAUUGCUCUCAGCUCAAAUCCCAGGCAUUCCCUACAACUCAGCUAAGGGCAGAAGAUAAAGUAUUCAAGCAUUCAAAAGCAUGUGGACCAAAGGCUAAAACUGGAACAUCAGAAGAUUUGGAAAAACUGAUUAAAAUUUAUAAAAAUGCAAUGAGUGAGGCAGAAGAUCUUGGAGUAGGAAAGUCUGAAUUAAAGGCCCUUUCUAGCAAGCUAAAACUGACUGAAGAGUUUCUUGAAUUAGAGCAAAUAGAAGAAGGUAAAGAAAAUGAAGAUAGAAGCAUUUCAUCAAAACAGACUCAGAGUAUACUUACUUCUCGUUCAUCUACAGAUGAUAUAAUAAGAUGGAUAAACAGAACUCUUGCAAAAGUGAAACAAGUUGAAAGUAAAGAAUGUCUACAAGAUGAUGAAUUAUGCAAGAAUUUAGAAGAAAAAAUAAACGGUUUAGCUAAAAGGUUAAAAGAGCUUUCCGAAGAGUUCAGUGUACAAAACCUACGCCAACAAUUCUCUGAAUAUUCAUCUGCAACAAUGAAUAAAUUAGAAACUUUAGCAAAACAGACUAGAGAUUCCGUUAGUGCUGCUGAAGCUCAGAUUGGUACUUAUAAAGCAAAUGUAAAAAUUCUAUCUCAAAAGCUGAAAGAUACUGAAGAACUUCUUCGCGAGAGUGUAAAUGAAUGUCUGUCUCUGAAACAAAAGUUGAAAUCAGAAGAAGAGAAAAGAGAGAAGCAGAAAAUGGCAUUUUAUUCGGAGCUCAAGCAAAAAGUGUCACAAGUGGCUGAGAUUGAAGAACUGGAAAAAAUACUUGAUGAUGUUAUGUCUUCAGAGGUAGUAAUCUCCAAAGAUAAAAGGAGACCAUCUGGUCCUUAUGAAUGCAUGUACUGCAAACAGGGACCAGGUCAUAAAAUGUGUGAAGAAAAAAUUAAAGAUUUGAGAGCUAACAAUCGGAAGCUAAGCACAGAAAUGAAGCUUGUACAACAAGAACUGAAGGAAGAAAAAAUGUGUGCCAGUUCUGACCUGAAACAGGCAGAGAAAGCAAUAAGAGAAUUAACUGCCGAGCGAAACACUUUAAAAGAUUCUGCUCAAUCUUUAGAGUCAAAAUGUUCUUCACUUACUGAGCAGUUGAAAGUUGAGCGAAAUAAAACAAAGAACUUGGAAAGGUAUCGCAAGCUUGAAAUUGAAGGAUUCCAAACAGAUAUAAAAAACCUCAAGACCAAGAUCAGAGAUUUGGAAAAACAGUUAAUGAAGGCUGUUUUGGUAUUUGAACAAGACAAUAAAGAUCUGGAACUGCUGAAAACAGUUCAUUCAACUGCACAACGUUCAAGACAAGCUGUGGCCAACAUUAAAAGAUUGAAAGCAAAACUUUAUGAACUAGAAACUGAUAUUAAAAAUAUCUGAUUCAGUUAGCUUUUAGCAUAUUAGAAUAAUAUUUCAAGAUUGCAAAUGAUAUUCCAUUUAUGUUCUCUUGAAAAAGCAAAAAAAAAAAGAAAAGAAAAAAAAACCUCUAAUAACUUUGUAAAAUGUAGCAUUUUUCUCAAUAUCUAAGUAAUUUAUUUACGCACUUUUACAGUUUUAGCUUUCCUUUUAUGUAGCUUUUAAUUUUAACUUUGACCAUAAAUUAUGUUAUAUAUUGUGUCAUACUUUGCUUUUUUAUGAUUGUGAUAUUCACAUAAACAAAAUUGUAAAUAUUGAGUCUGUACAUUUGUACUGUUAACAGAAUUAUAUUUUGUGUACAUAUUUUUAAUGAAUGCCAUGCUUAUAUUUUAUUCUUGGAAGCUGUGAUAUGUAUCUUUACGACAAUCGGUUGGAGCUGUUGCAAUAUAUUUACAAAUGAUUAUAUUUGACGUAUUCUAAAGAGAUCUAGUAUUGAUGAAUUAUUUUUUUUUUAUGUAUUUAUAUAUGUUUCCUGUGCCUUUUUUGCACUACUAAUUAAUUUUUAAUUUUUAGACUUCAUAAAUUUAUUCCAUAGUAAAUAUUUAUUUUAGUAAAAUAAUAAUCUCAGUUUAAAUUAUAUAUUUAAACUGAGAUUUAAAUUAAAUUAAUUGUACAUAAAAUUAAGUUUAUUUAUUUAUGCAUGAUGGCAAAAGAAAAAGUGGCUGGGAACAUAGUCAAUGGUGCAGCGAAGGGAGGGGGGGUGAGAGCUCUAAUUUUUAACACAGAUUGCAAAUUUUAUAGACAUAAGGACUUUUAUGAUCCCAACCUCUCAGAAAGUGAACUCUGUGUAUGCUAGUGAUAUAGUUUAAGGUUUUAAAGGUGCUAAUUGUUUUCAUUUCUCGAAUAUAGUCUGUUUUGUAUUUACCUACUAUAUAAGUAAAUAGCCCUCUCUAAGUUGAACAAUCACUUCUAGAAACAACCAAAUAGAAUGGAGUUUCCCUCAGAUUUAAUGCUUACUUUUCUUCCAGUAAACAACUAUUAUUGUAUAGCUUCUUCAUUAAAUCACAAUGUUUCUUUAUUGUCCAAAAAUAUUUUUCUUACUUUUAGUUUUUGUGAUUAAAGUUAGUUCAGCAGUUUAAAUUAUAAAGGUCACAUUUUAUUGGGGGGGGAGGGCUUAAUUUGUAACAAAAAAAGUGCAGAAGUAUAGCCUCAGAACUUUAAUGCAUAAAUAGUCUGUAUUAUGAACAAAAUGAAAAACCGCAUAAAAUUGAAAAGAGGUGCUAGAGCUGAGCUCGUAUGCAAAUUCAGCUCCGAUUAUUCCUGCUGUCAGGGUUGCCAACCGCUCUGCAUUUUGUGGAGUUUCUUCGCAAAAAUAGCGAAACUGCACAGCUCCACAAAGAAGUUAUUUUGCUCGGUUUUAAUUCUGAUCAGGCUUACCAAAAAUUUUAUAAAAUUAAAUUUAUAUUAUAUUUUGCUAGUUUAUUAAGACAGGUGAAACUAAAGAUUCUCAUACUCGAAGCGUAACAUAGGGUUUAAAGCUUUUUUAUUAAUUUAAAAAUAAUUAGUUUUAUCCCAGUGCUUAAAAUGAUUAUCAAAGCUCAAAAACAAUUUUAGAUAAGAGGUUAAAUUUUUUUAUAUUGAUUUUUAUACAAGACACCAUUCUGCUCUGCAAAAUUUCAAAAUCACCACAAAGGCUCUUGAAAUAGUUUCUACACUGUUGGCAACCCUGCUACUGUUUUUAACUUGAUCAAAUUUGUAGGCUUUUAGUGCGUAUAACAGUUGACAUACUAUCACAUCAAUUCAAUCAAUUGGGAUAAUUUUUUCCCAGGUCUUUUUCGUUAUGAAAUCUAAAA